CGCGUUCUGGAGGGUCAAAUCCGCGUUCACCUGGUCAGAUUCGCAUUUCAGGGGCUACAUAUCAUGUUAUUUUGGGGUUGCUACCACUCGACAGCGACAGUGAUAAAAGUACCCCAAUUCCGUGGGAAGACCGCGGACCGCAAUACUGUAACCAUCUUUCCAGUUGCAGAACUUUAUAAAUGAGGGUGCGGCUCAGACAGAGAGCGUAUUAUGAUCCAGACAUAGCCAAGGUCUUGUCAAUCAAUGUCUCUGCCUCGUUUUUUUCGUUACAGAAACCACCACAGUUCAGUGCAGCAGAAGAAAUCAUAUUCACCAGAGCCCAGCUGUGUGUCAAUGAGGAGUGACUGGUCUAGGGAUCAUCCACCACGAUUAAGCUCUAAAAUGAAAUCAUCAGACUCACCAGAGCCCAGCUGUGUGUCUACGAGGAGUGACUGGUCUAGGGAGCCACCAUCACUAUAUAUAUCAUCUGCACCCUGUCAUAAAUCUAAACUUAGAUCAAAUCUGAAGAAGAAGUUUGAGCGUCUAUAUGAGGGAACAGCACAGCAGGGAAACCCAACACUCCCGAAUGAGAUCUACACAGAGCUCUACAUCACAGAGAGUGAGAGUGGAGAGAUCAGUAAUGAGCAUGAGGUGAGACAGAUUGAGACACAAUCCAGGAGAGCAGCAACAGAGGACACACCGAUCCAAUGCAAUGACAUCUUUAGACCUUUACCUGGACAAGACAAACCCAUCAGAACUGUGCUGACAAAGGGAGUCGCUGGCAUUGGAAAAACAGUCUCUGUGCAGAAGUUCAUCCUGGACUGGGCUGAAGGGAAAGAGAAUCAGGACGUCCAGCUCAUAUUUCCACUUCCUUUCAGAGAGAUCAAUUUGAUGAAGGACAAAACACUCAGUCUUUCUGAUCUUCUUCAUGUCUUUUUCCCUGAAACAAAAGAAAUGGAAAUAUCCAGUAAUGAAUAUAAAGUGUUGUUCAUCUUUGAUGGUCUGGACGAGUGUCGUCUGUCUCUGGAUUUUCAGAGCGAUUUGAGGUUGUGUGAUGUAAGUGAAUCAGCCUCAGUGGACGUGCUGCUGAUGAACCUCAUUGUGGGGAAUCUGCUUCCCUCUGCUCUCAUCUGGAUCACUUCCAGACCAGCAGCAGCUGAUCUCGUCCCCUCUGAGUGUGUCCAUCGGGUGACAGAGGUACGAGGCUUCAAUGAGCCACAGAAGGAGGAAUACUUCAGGAAGAGAAUCAGUGAUCAGAGUCUGGCCAAUACAAUCAUCACACACCUGAAGUCAUCAAGGAGCCUCUACAUCAUGUGCCACAUCCCAGUGUUCUGCUGGAUCUCAGCCGCUGUUCUAGAGAAGAUGUUGAGUGAAGCAGAGAGUGGAGAGAUUCCCAAGACUCUCACUCAAAUGUACACACACUUCCUGAUCCUUCAGACCAACAUCAAACAUGAGAAGGACUAUGAGAAGAACGUGACAGAUGAAGACAUGAUCCUCAAACUGGGGAAAGUGGCUUUUCAGCAGCUUGUGAAAGGCAAUGUGAUCUUCUAUGAGGAAGACCUGAGAGAGUGUGGCAUUGAUGUGACAGAAGCAUCAGUGUACUCAGGAUUGUGCACUCAGAUCUUCAGAGAGGAGUUUGGCUGGUAUCAGGGGAAAGUCUUCUGCUUUGUUCAUCUGAGCGUUCAGGAACAUCUAGCAGCUCUAUAUGUGCACCUCUCCUGUACAAACAACAACAGAAAUGUGUUUAAUCAGAGUUUGCUGUAUAAAGUUAAGGAAAGGUUUAAACAUGUUUCAUUAUCUGAGCUGCAUCAGAGAGCUGUGGAUGAGGCUCUACAGAGUAAAAAUGGACAUCUGGAUCUUUUCCUGCGGUUUCUUCUGGGUCUGUCAGUGGAGUCUCAUCAGAUUCUCCUAAAAGGACUAAUGAAACAGAGAAGCAGCAGAUCUGACAGCAAUGAGGAAACAGUUGAGUACAUCAAGAUGAAGAUCCGCACCAUUGACUCUCCAGAGAAAUCCAUCAAUCUGUUCCACUGUCUGAAUGAACUGGGUGAUCAUUCACUAGUGGAGGAAAUACAACAGUAUCUGACAUCUGGAAGAAUAAAGGAAGCCAAACUCUCUUCAUCUCAGUGGUCAGCUGUAGUUUUUGUGUUGUUGACAUCAAAGAAGAAGCUGGACGAGUUUGAUCUCACAAAGUUUAUUCUAGGAAACAAUGAAGCUGAAGAUAUGAAAGUUUUUCUGAAGCUGCUGCCUGUGAUUAAAGAAUCCAGAUCAGUUCAGUUGAGAGAUUGUGGAGUCACAGAUGAAGGUUGUGCUGCUCUGGCUUCAGCUCUGAGAUCAAACCCCUCACACCUGAGAGAUCUGAAUCUGUCACUGAAUAAAAUAGGAAAUUCAGUGAAUCUGCUGUCUGAUGUACUUCAGGAUCCUCACUGUAAACUGGAGAGACUGUGGUUGAGAGAUUGUGGAGUCACAGAUGAAGGUUGUGCUGCUCUGGCUUCAGCUCUGAGAUCAAACCCCUCACACCUGAGAGAUCUGAAUCUGUCACUGAAUAAAAUAGGAAAUUCAGUGAAUCUGCUGUCUGAUGUACUUCAGGAUCCUCACUGUAAACUGGAGAAACUGCGGUUGUGGGAUUGUGGAGUCACAGAUGAAGGUUGUGCUGCUCUGGCUUCAGCUCUGAGAUCAAACCCCUCACACCUGAGAGUACUGGAUCUGUCUGAGAAUGAAAUAGGAAAUUCAGUGAAUCUGCUGUCUGAUGUACUUCAGGAUCCUCACUGUAAACUGGAGACACUGUGGUUGUAUAAUUGUGGAGUCACAGAUGAAGGUUGUGCUGCUCUGACUUCAGCUCUGAGAUCAAACCCCUCACACCUGAGAAAACUGAAUCUGACUCGGAAUAAAAUAGGAUAUUCAGGACGUAAACUGCUCUCUGCUCUAAAGAAUUCCCCACAUUAUAAACUAGAGACACUGCGGUUAUGAGGAAAUCCCCAUUUCCAUUCAAAUAUCCGCUCUGAGUCCGGCUCCACACACUCUCCUCACCGACACUCUCUUCUUUCUCCACUCUAACUUGAGAAAUUCAGCACAGUGUUUAUAAACUCCUCUGAGCUGAAUCACGCAGCAGAAACCACAGGAUCCUGAAGCAGAGAGCUCAGAGAGCUGACAGAGAGCACACCGUUUGUGUAUCUUGUCAUACUGAAUAAAGACUGAUAGAUUAAUAAUUAUAGCUUUUUUAAGACAGGGUUUCAUAAAUGUUAAUGAUGACUGUACAGUAUGUGAGUUAUACACUAACUCUGUUAACUUGUAUUUAUGUAUAUAUAAAAUACUGUAUAACUGUAUAAAUAACAUACAUUUCUGACUGGACUCUAUUAAAGUCUCUCACUCACAUAAAAUGACACUAUUGUCACUUUAAAACUACUUUACAGCACAAUUCGAAUUUGUCUCAUUGAUGAAGUUUGCAUAAUUGUUUCUGUUUUCCUAUAUAUUUCUGUGAAGAUACUUUGAAACAAUCUGUAUUAUAUACAGUAUAAAGUGCUUUAUAAAUAAAAGUGACUGUGGUACCACUUUGUUACUCCAGUAACUUCUCAGAAAUGGCCAAGAUGUCACUGCUAGUACUAAUGUGAUGUUGAUGAAGCUCUAGUGUAAAUGGAGAUGAGAAUAUAGUAGUGCUGUAAUCAUGAAGUGUCUUUUCAAAGCUGUUGUGUAAGAAACUCCAUUUCCAUGUCAAAUAAUGUUUAUCAUUGGUUUUUAAAUGUAAACUGCAGACCUUGUACAACUAAGCAGCAUUUUAUUUCACCUUCAGGUGUCUUUAAAAAUCACAUUUUGUGUCGUCAUCUAGUCUGAUUUGUCAUUAGUAUUACAAGAAAUCAGUGUUAUUCAUAUGUAAGCACAUAACAGUCUUUAGGUCAGUAGAAAUGAUGAUCAGCUCGUAUUGAACACAGAGAUCAACCCCAACACACAUCCAUAAACUGCUCAUAUUAAAGUGUGAAUGAUGGGUUGAUUUAAACUGCUGACGUCAUUAUGUUUCUAAAAACUGCCUUAUUGAGACGUCUUUCCAUAUGAACUUAUUGUUGUUUCUUGCUGUGUUUACAUGUAUUACAGGACUGUGCUUCAUAAUAAUAGUGCUUGAAGAUGUUUUGUAGACUGAAAUAAAUGGUGUAGAAACAA